AUGUCUUCGCCCGGUGAGGACUCUCCGCCGGCGGAUAAUAAUCAGUCGGAUUCUCCUCCGUCACCGACUCCUCCGUCGCCGUCGUCUUCCUCAUCCUCCUCCGCACCUCCGCCUUCCUCGUCUUCCUCCUCAUCAUCUUCUUCACCACCGCCACCAUCAUCAUCCGGCAACUCACCACCUUCCCCAAGUUCAGAUUCAGGAUCUCCACCUCCGGGAGACAGCGGCGGCAGCAACGGCGGUUCAUCGCCGCCACCACCAUCUAACAACAACAAUCAAAAUUCCCCGCCACCACCCGACAGUAGUAAAAGCAACAACUCCCCACCACCACCGUCGCCUUCGUCCUCCAAUAAUGAUAAUAAUAACGGAAACAACAACGGUGGCUCACCACCACCGCCGCCACCUCCACCUCCCCCACCUCCUCCGCCGCCGCCUCCACCUCCUCAUUCGGGUUCAGGAUCAGGAUCACAUUCCCCUCCUAGGGGCAGAUUAGCACCACCGCCACCAUCAGACGAUGGCGGCAACACCAAUCAGAAGGCCAUUAUUGCCGGAGUUGCAGCUGGAGCAGGGCUAUUGCUGCUUAUCAUGAUAGUCUUCUUGGUAUCCUGCGGCCGAAGAAGGAAGCGCAAGCCGCAUGACCAGAUGCUGUAUUACAGGGACAAUUCUCACGGCAGAAGUGAUUUUUAUGGGAGCGGACAACAAUGGCCACCCCAGUCUCAUGAACAUGUCCUUAAGAUGCCUCCAAGUGCGGCGGUAAGUUCGGAACAUAGCUGGCCAAUAGCACCACCGCCUCCUCCACCGAUGAUGAGCAGCAGCGAGAUGAGCUCCGCCGCGUAUUCUGGACCCCACAACCCGCCCUUGCCACCUCCACACCCAGGCGUCGCCCUUGGAUUUAACCAGAGCAGUUUCAGUUAUGAUGAUCUGGCGGCCGCAACCGGAGGGUUCAGCAGGAGCAAUUUGUUGGGACAGGGUGGAUUUGGUUAUGUUCACAAGGGUGUGUUGCCUAAUGGGAAGGAAGUAGCCGUGAAGAGUCUCAAAUCGAACAGCGGGCAAGGGGAGAGGGAAUUCCAGGCUGAGGUUGACAUCAUUAGUCGUGUUCAUCAUCGACAUUUGGUGUCUCUGGUCGGAUACUGUAUUGCAGGACAACAGCGGAUGCUGGUUUACGAGUUUGUUUCUAACAACACUCUUGAACACCACCUUCAUGGAAAAGGUCGCCCGGUUAUGGAUUGGCCAACAAGACUUAGAAUCGCAAUGGGAUCGGCUAAGGGAUUCGCUUACUUACAUGAAGAUUGCCACCCACGCAUUAUCCACAGAGACAUUAAGGCUGCAAAUAUUCUACUUGAUGACAACUUCGAAGCUAAGGUGGCUGAUUUUGGACUGGCUAAGCUUUCUAAUGAUACCAACACACACGUCUCCACAAGAAUCAUGGGAACAUUUGGUUACUUAGCUCCGGAAUAUGCUUCAAGUGGCAAGCUCACUGAGAAGUCUGAUGUCUACUCGUAUGGAGUUAUGCUCUUGGAACUGAUUACCGGAAGGCGUCCAGUGGAUAUCAGCAUGGAUGACGACAGCUUAGUUGACUGGGCAAGACCUAUCCUAACACGGGUAGUUGAGGGUGGAAGCUUUGAAGAAUUGGUGGACAAACGUUUGGAAGACAACUACGAUCCACAGGAGAUGCUAAGGAUGGUGGGAUGUGCUGCUGCAAGUAUCAGGCACUCUGCCCGGAGACGUCCCAAAAUGAGUCAGAUCGUGCGUGCACUGGAAGGCGACGUGUCAUUGGAUGACUUGAGCGAGGGAGUGAGGCCUGGACACAGUGCUCUGUUCGGAUCAAGUGGUUCUGAGCAUGAUAGUGCAGCAUACCAGACAGAUAUGAAAAAGUUCAUGAAGAACACAGGAUUGGCAAGCCAGGAAUUCAGCACCAGUAGCGAGCACGGCAUGACCGGGGAGUUCGGCCAUUUCAGCCAUUCCAGUGGCGAAUCGCAAGAAGUUCGUCCUAACAGGAGCCGAGGCCACACACCUUGA